AUGUCUUUAAAGGAUUUUUAGAUUUUAUAAGAGUUAGGUAAUAAAUAAAAAUAUCAAUUAUAAGGUGAAGGAGCAUAUUCAAAAGUAUAUAAAAUAAAAAGAAUUGCAGAUUAAUAAGAAUAUGCACUAAAAAAGGUUAGACUACAAUCAUUGUCUGAUAAAGAGAAAUAGAAUGCUCUAAAUGAAGUCAGAAUUUUAGCAAGUGUUAGACAUGCAAAUGUCAUUCAAUAUAAAGAAGCGUUUUUAGAAGAAUAGUAAUAAAUUUUAUGGUAACUUUCUCAAAAUAAAUUUACUAGUAUUAUUAUGGAAUAUGCAGAUGAUGGUGAUUUAUUCCAAAAAAUAAUAGAGAGUUAGAAAAAAGGAGUUCUGAUGUCUGAAAAAGAUAUAUGGAAUAUCCUCAUUUAAGUAUAUUGAAUAAUUUAUAAUUAUUUUAGAUAGUAAAAGGACUUAAAGCUUUACAUGAUAUGAAAAUAUAUCAUAGAGAUUUAAAAUCAGCAAAUGUAUUUAUGAAUAGUGAUGGAACUGUUAAAUUGGGAGAUAUGAAUGUAUCUAAAGUAGCCAAGAAAAUAUUACUAUACACAUAAACUGGAACACCUUAUUAUGCAUCUCCAGAAGUAUGGAAAGAUUAACCUUAUGAUUCUAAAUCAGAUAUUUGGUCUUUAGGUUGUGUUUUAUAUGAAAUGACAACACUUAAACCACCUUUUAGAGCAGAAGAUAUGAGUGGUCUUUAUAAAAAGGUUGUUAAAGGAUACUAUCCUAAAAUACCAACUAUAUAUAGUUAAGACUUAAGCAAUGUUAUAAGAGCAUUAUUAUAAGUCUAACCACAUCUUAGACCAAGUUGUGAUAAGAUUUUAUAAUUAUAAGCUAUUGUAAAUAGAUUGGAUGAUAAAAUAUUGGUAGAAGAAGAAGGUGCUAAAUUUCUAUUAUAAACUAUAAGAGUACCAAGAAAUAUGCAUUAUCUUACUGAUAGAUUACCUAAACCAAAUUAUAAUCCUAUAAGAAUGACUAAAGUAGAUAAAUAUUAAUUUAUUCAAACUUUGGCUGUAUAAAAAUAAAAUUAAGAAAAUGUUGAAGAAAAUCAUUCUUUGAAUAUUGAUUUCUUACCAAGAUUGAAUAAUAGAAGAAUUGAUGAUAGUAAUGAGAAUUCAGUAAUCUCUAAAAACAAUAAGAAAGUAGAUGAUUCAUAACUUGAAAUGUAUUAAAAUAAUUCAACUAAAAAUAAUUAAGUUGCUUCUAUUUAUAAUCCUCCAGUAAAAAAAAUUGCCAGGAUAUCUAAUAAACAAUCUAAAGUAGAUCCUUUAAAAUAACCUAAAAAAUUAGAUAUUGAAGGAGAAUCAAAACCUUUAAUUAUUAAAAGGUAAAUUUUUUUAUUUAUUUACAUAUAUAUAGUAAUAAACAUGGAACUGAAGAUAGAACACCAUUAUUACCACAUUUACCUAGUAUUAAAAAGGAACCACAAAAAUUAGAAGAAGAAUAAUAACUUAAAAGAAUUAAAUAAACUGAAGAAUUAAUAUAAUAAUUAAAAGAAAGAUAAUAAAAAUAAAGAAGAAAGUAAAAAUUAAGAAAUCUUGAUAAUUGA